AUGGCUGACGGAGCUGCUCCUACUGGCGAUAACCAGGCACCCAGCGGACCUAGAGGCGACGGCAACAGAGACAGAGGCAGAGGCAGAGACAGAGGUCGUGGCGGUAGGGGCCGUGGGAGGGGAGACCACUCUCGUGGUAGAGGGCGUGGUAGUGGAGGAGGACGAGGAGGAGGCGCCGGACACCACCGUACUGGAAACACGGCCACCACAGAUCCAGCUUCGCAGGAACCAAAGAAGGCCCCCAACUUCAAAAAGACCGAGGCUCUAGACGGCCAGGCCGACGACAAUGCCGAAACUUGCUUCAUUUGCGCCAACCCCAUCACCCAUUUCUCUGUUGCUCCCUGCAACCACACCACAUGUCACAUCUGUUCUUUGCGGUUGAGAGCGCUCUACAAGAGCAAGGAUUGUCCCCAUUGCAGGACAUCAUCGCCAUAUGUUAUCUUCACCGAUGACGGAACCAAGCGCUUCGAGGACUACACGGCCAAGGAUAUUACCAGCACAGAUGACAACAUUGGUAUCAAAUACGCCGGGGAGGAGAUUGUGGGAGAUACCAUUCUUUUGCUGAGGUUCAAUUGCCCGGAUUCCGAGUGCGACUUUGCUGGUCUGGGCUGGCAGGACCUGCAUCAACACGUCCGCAAUGUGCACCACAUGAAGAUGUGCGACUUGUGCACACGGAACAAGAAGGUCUUUACACAUGAGCACGAACUGUUUGCGGACAAGCAGCUCACCGAGCAUAUGCGCCACGGCGACGACAAGCCCGGCGCGGCCGACCAGACCGGCUUCAGGGGACAUCCGCUGUGCGGCUUCUGCGGAGCUAGGUUCUACGAUAGCGACAAGCUGUAUGAGCAUUGCCGCAACAAGCACGAGCGGUGUUUCUUGUGUGAUAGGAGAGAUUCAAGGCAGCCGCAUUAUUUCCUCGACUACGACGCACUUGAGCAGCAUUUCAAGAAGGAUCACUUUCUUUGCAACGAUCGGGAAUGUCUGGAGAAGAAGUUUGUUGUGUUCGAGUCUGAAAUGGAUCUCAAGGCCCAUCAGCUUUCUGAGCAUGGUGGGUCUGUAGGAAGCGGUAGAGAUGCGAGGAGGGUAGACAUGUCCAACUUUGACUUGCGCCAGAGAUAUGAGCAGGAGAGAGGGGCUCCUAGGGGCGGAAGAAAUCAAGAGCGUCGGCGUGCGCCCGACCCUGCCAACGAGCCGAUACCUGCCAGCUCCGCCCAGCCUCUGCGAAGAGAUGAGAUUGCCUUUCAGCGUCAGAUGGCGAUACAAUCCGGCGCUGCUAACCGGGCACCGCCACCUGGCCCUGCUCCCGGCCCGUCUCGACCACCACCUCCAGCCAUCGCAGCCGCUCGUGCGGCUGCCGCUGCCACCGCCGCACCCAUCGACGCCAUGGAAAACCUCUCCAUAACCGACUGGUCAUCUCUCACCCAGGAACAACGUGCCAGCUUGGCCCGUCACAACGCUGUCGUCGAGCGCGCGUCUAAUCUCCUUGGCAACAACGAGAACAAGAUUGCCACUUUUAGACAAUACAUCUCCAACUACAACCGCGGAAGCAUGAACCCAACCCAGCUCAUUGACGCCUUUGCUUCGUUGUUUGCCGACACCUCCUCCGACACGGCGUUGGGGACCCUGGUGAGGGAAGUAGCAGAGUUGUUUGAAGACAAGAAGAAGGGAGAGGCUCUCCGCGCGGCGUGGCAGAACAGGAGGGCGAGAACGCAGGACAGGGAGGAGGAGUAUCCUUCCCUUCCGGGAUUGGGGGGCAUGCACGGCGCUACUACCUCGACGACGGGGUGGGCGACGGCUGCGGCGCCGACGAGAGUCACGCUUCACAACAAUGGCGCUGCUGCUAACUCGAACCGGGUGUUGAAACUGAAGAAUAGCACUAGGAGAGGGAGUGUGGGUAACGCGUCGGUGAUGUCUUUUGCUUCGGCGUCGAGCGGUGGGGGGGGUAGGGGUGUUGCUGCUUCUUCGGCAGCUGCGUUUCCUGCUCUUCCUUCUGCGUCGAGACCUGCGCCGGCAGAGCCAAGUUGGACCGCUGGGGGGAGCAGCGCACCUCCGGCACCGAAGACCACGACUGCUAGUCACGUUGGGACGGGAGCGGUGAAGAGGGGGCCGCCACCGCAGACGAACAGUAGUGAUGCUUUUCCUGCUUUGCCUGCUGCUCCGAAGCCAAAGACGACUAUUUUUGGGUAUGGGAGGGGGGUGGUGAGGAGGGAUUUUGGGGUGAGUAGGGAUACUGGAUUUAGCUGGGGUGGUGGUGGUGGUGGUGGUGGUGGUGCGGCAAGUGGAAGUGGAAACGCGGGAGGGGCAGGUGAGGAGGUGCAGCAGCAGCAGGAUGGUGGGCAGGGAGGGCAGGGGGGUAAGGGGAAGAAGGGGAAGAAGCAGGUUUUGGCUCAUUGGGGCUGA